AAAAACUCUUCUUUCCCUUUGCUAGUGGUGGAACACCCCCACCAAUAAAACCCUAAAAUUUACUCGAUUCUGCCAUCGUUGGGCUCUCAAGACUCGAAAUCCACAUACACUAGAAGAAAAUGGGAGGGAAGUGUCCUCACAGAAGCGUAAAGAAGCGGAGAUAUUCGCACAAGACCGCUCGACGCACGAAAUUUCUUGUCAAGGGCGAUGAUAUGGUUUACGAUGAGUUAGCAAAACCAGAGGUUGAGAAAACUUCUCUUCCUGUCGAUGAGGAUUUGCCCGGAAUGGGGCAGUACUACUGUUUGCACUGCGACCGAUACUUUGCGAAUGUGUCUGUGAGGGAUGAGCACUUCAAGACCAAGCGUCACAGGAAGCGGUUAAAACUAAUGGCGGGUCCUGCACCUCACACGCAACUGGAUGCCGAGCUAGCUGCUGGGAUGGGCAUGCCUGAUAACGGUCCAAAGCUUAUGGCAAUGUGAGCUUAUUUACUUAUUUUAUAACUUAAAAACAUUUUUGGUGUUGUAAAGAGCUUAGAGUGAGGUUUGUUUCUUGUUUAACUAACAAGAUCAAUUUUUUCAUACUAUUACUUGCUGUGUAUUUUAUUUGCAGAGUUCUUUCUAUCAAUUAAUUUUGGCUUCAUAUUUUACACCAA